CAUUUUUACUCCACUCUUUUGCGAGACCCUGCAUCAUGUCUUCUCCGGGUAAUGACGUGAUAAUGGUCGCAGGCGAUGGACCUAGUCAACGACAACCGAAGUCGUUAGCAAAAGCAUGUACAGCCUGUCGGACCAAGAAGAUCCGUUGCGAUGCUGCGAAGCCUGAGUGUGGGAAUUGUGUCAGUCAGAAACGUGAAUGUAUCUAUCGGAGAGAAACUCCACGAAAACGGUACGUCAUGCUGCUUCGAAUUGCGUUCUCUAAUAAAUGACAGACCUACGUUCUCUCAGAUUGGUAAACUGCAACGAGAUCUGGCAACUCUUAAAGUGUUCCUGUUGACUCUCAAGAGAAGCAGUCCCGAGGAUCGAGAGAAACUACUCAACGCAGCUGUUGAUGAAGAUGGGGCUGUUAAUUUGCUAGACUCUACUGCUGACCCUGCUGAAGAGCCUUCAUCACGAAAGGACACAAGUCAACCUAUUGAUAGAGGUUCCACUACGCCAAUAGUAUCAUCAGAUGACGAGUUAAAUAUUGCCAACUUUAUAUCGGUCGAUGAUGCCGGCACAACAAACAGCUUCGGUCCAUCGUCUGCGCUUCACAAUCCUGCAAGGAACGACAAGGGAACACCAUCAUCCCGCCAAUCUACAACAACAGAGCAUGUCAAGAAUGAACUAAUAGCCAAUGCCGCUUUACAGCGGCAUCUUGAGCACCGUCUUACCAGACAUGCCACAAUUGCUGGGGAGCCCACCGAACUUGCGCUCCAUCUGCUGAACUUGCACUGGGCUCGUCAACAUCACACUUUUCUGCUGACAUAUCGGCCGGCUGUCAUGCGAGACUUGGAAUGUUCUGGCCCGUACUGCUCUGCUUUCAUGCUGAAUGCUAUAUUCGCAUGCUGUAGCAAGUUCUCUCCACGACCUGACGUCAGGGACGACCCAAAUGAUGUAUCGAGUGCUGGCCGCCGUUUUUUUAAGCGCUGUGAUGAGCUUCUGAGCAGUGGCUCUCUGCUCACAAGACCACAUAUCUCCACAAUCGUUGGACUUGUUCUUCUGGGUUCGACGUAUAACGCUCGCGGAGAGACUUCAAAAGGUUGGCUAUAUACAGGAUACGCUCUACGGAUGGUUUAUGAUCUCGGCCUUCAUCUCGAUCCCAAGCAGACUACGGAAGAUCCCGAAGAGAUUGAGAUCCGACGACGGGUCUUUUGGGGCGCUUUUGUUUGCGAUAAGCUUCAGAGUCUCUAUAUGGGUCGUCCAGUGGCUAUCAAUUUCCGUGACUCGCAAGUAUCUCGCGAGUUCCUUGACUUGUACGAGGAAAUGGAGCCAUUUUAUCCUUCAGCCUUGGCUGCAGGUUCAUCCUCCAGACUUGAUGAAAACAUGGGCGACGCAAUCCCAAGACACUCCGUUUCGACUUUCCAGCAGUUAUGCCUCCUCUCCAAGAUAAUGACGACUAUCAUCAAUCGAUUCUAUGUGGUUGGCGCCACGUUCUCAAAUGCUCAGAUCGAUUUGCAAAAGAUUGAGCAGGCUUUGCAGCAGUGGCGAGACAAGUUACCGUCGGAGCUAGAUUUCCAACCAUGGUUGUCCACGGGUACCGCGGUACAAACACCUAACAUUAUGGUUCUUCAUAACGUCUAUCACUCUCUCAUCAUUCUUGUCCAUCGGCCAUUUAUCUCAGAUGAUCAUCUCCGAUCCACUGCCACGUCAGGACGGUCAUGGGAGCGAUGCACUGUUGCGGCCAGAUGCAUCACCCGUAUAGCCUCAGUCUACAAGUCAACCUAUGGGCUUAAUGGGGCUCCUUACAUUCUCGCAUACACGGUAUAUGUGGCGUGCACAAUCCACGUCCGUAAUGCAGCUUCUCAAAGCCAGACGCGUGACCAUUUAACCUUGCUCAAGUCUAGUCUAGAGUGUCUGGAUGAACUAUGCACGGCGAACCCGGGUGUUGCGAAGCCUGCAAAGAGUAUCAGGCGUUUAAUUGAGGCUAAUCGGCUGAGUUUGAUGACAGAAGACUCGAACGCUCUUGAACAUGCCGAUGCGUCGUUUGACUUGGAUACUAUUCAGAGCACGUUUUCGGUUGCUGACUGGUCCAACGCUGGUUCCGAUAUGUUCCACAUGGGAGACUUUGAGUACGGUCUCCCAAUCGAUCCCUUGUUCGGCUGGAUUAAUGUCUCAACUCCGUCCCUGGAUGAAGUGUCGUCAGCUGUCAGCAAUAAUCAGUCACUCUAUCAAUCAUGGCGGUAGUGUCUAGCCCUUCUUAUACUCGCUCGUGGAGGCUUUAGGACCAACGGCUUCAUGAGCUCUGCUAGGACCGGGCACAGGGGCUUCUCGUACGACUACCUAACCAAACAAGAGAUAUAUAAAGUGCACAAGAUUGGUUCCGUCAAGGCCAGCGCAAUGAGUGACCCGAAUAACGAGGGCCACAACGGAGUUACAAUUACCCAGAUAUCGAACUUUGCAGACAUAUCUCUCGGCCAGCAUCCAAACGUAGUCCUGUUGGAGGCUGGCACGAAUGAUAUGGGCAAUACAACGAUGCAGCAGGUGUUACAAGCCGUCUGACUGAUCCAGUUGGCAUGGCUAUCAAGGAGUGUCCUGGCAAUUAUGCCUAGCAGGCUUUUCAGAGAGGAAGUUGUGCCAUUGUAGAAAAAAAGCUUUAUGUCGUUCUGCAAAAAAUAGGUUCAAGAUUUGCGAUUUCCACUUGUUAAGCUACUCAGUCUUCGAAAAUUCAAUCGCAACAUAGCUCGCACUGAGCCCCGGCCUAG